CCUUCUAUGAGGUAUGUAGGGCAGUCAAAUUCAUAUAAACAGAAAGAAGAAUGGUGGUUGCCAAGGGCUGGGCAGAGGGGCAAAAGAAGAAUUGUUGUUUAAUGGAAAUACAGUUUCAGAUCUACAAGAUGAAAAAAUUCUAGAGAUCUGUUUCACAACAAUGUGAAUAUGCUUAAUACUACUGAACAUAUACUUAAAAUGGUUAAGAUGGUAAUAACAAUGAGAAAGAGAAAAGAGGGGAGAGGGGCAGAACUGGAAUCAGAAAACUAAGCCAGUGGUUUGGAGUCUUCUAAUAAAAUUUAAUAUUAUUUAGAGGUGAGGGACAUUGCUAAAUAAUUCAAGGCCAAAUUCUCCUAGCAUAUUAAAUUAUUCUUUGUAAAAGGGUUUAUAACUUUUAUUUUUUUUUUUUACUGCAAUUCAUGAACUGUGGCCCUGGGACAGUGGGACCAAGACUCAGGACUCCAGCUCUUAGUCCAGGUUGAGCUGUUAGCCUGGCUGUGUGAUUUAGGUGGCCUCUGACCUCCCCUUGGCCUGAAGGUGGUCUCUGUCACCCCUCCCACUUUUAUAACCAGUUUCUGCAGGACAGGACACCACUCCACAGAGUUGUGCCCAUCCCACAGGGCACUUUUCAGUGUUACAUUUUAUUCAGUGGUAGCCACUCAAAGUACAUUUUUAUGUUACUAAGUUAGUAGUGUAAUUUUGUGAUUAUAUUUUAUUUUACUAAAGCAUGGGUGUAUGUAUACUACUUCCUACAAUAAACUGAGCAUUUAUGAAACACCUUGCACUCUGCUUAGCACUUUGCAUAUUCAAUGUCCACAACUGGAAUUGGGCCAGAGUAUUAAGUAACUUGGCCAAUCACACAGCUCAUGGUUUACAGACUUGGGACUCGGAACUCUUUCUGCCUGCAAGCAGGCCAUGCUCUGAACCCUAAGCUAAACUGGAGCAGAAUACAGAACUUGCAUAAAACAUAAGCAUUCUAAGCAAGUUUGUAGAAAAGUUUAAGAAAUCUAACAGAAUGGAGUCUUUUAUAAAUUCACUUCUCAAAUUCUAUCCGUCCUGGCAAAACCAAAAAUAUGGCUCCUCUCCACCCAUAACCUCCCAAAUCCCAAUGCCUUGCUGCUCAACAGCGCAAGAGUUUGCAUGUACUGACUUGGAGAAUUUAGCCCAGUCACUAAACUGAACUCAGGAGAAGGUCUAAUCCCAAGUCUCCAAGUUCAUACUGUACUGUCAGAGACGUGCUUUUGCUCCCCUAGAAACAAGGCGCUCGCGUGUGCUCAGAGUGCUAACUGCACAUGCUCCGAAGAGAAACUAUCAAAAAUAUGGAAACUGUUUCAGGCCAGACAAGCAAAUAAAACACAUAUUGUUUUGUCAGUUGCCAAAUUUGGUUCUUUUUCUUAAGGUAGUCAGGCAUAGAACACAGACACAUACCAGCUGGCCGAACUAAGUUUAUUUAUAAGUAAAUAUUUUGUGGCCUGAUUCUGGCCCACUUGAUGCACUCCGAUCCACGAAGGUAAGAAAAAUAAGUGUUCCUUGAAAUAGAAAAUGUGGAUAAAAUGAUAAUGGCUUUUGAAGAUAAGUUUAAAUUGAUCUGUGGCUGGAACUAUGAAAGGGUUAUUAAUAUUAAAGGAACAUUAUUUUUGCCCUUAUGUCUAGAGUAUUUUUCACUGUCUAAUUAAAAUAUCUGGCUUUUAUGGGUUUGGUUUUAAAUAAAUUAUGGCUUAAAAUAAAUUAUAAAUUUGUAAUGGCAUAUUAACAUACAUGAAUAGAAACCAAAAAGGCAAAACUCCAGUCCUGACCAAGUGUAAUUUUUUCCUACUCUAGACUUGCACCCAUGUGGCUGAAACAGACUAGAGAAAACCCAACAUCCAUGCUGAGCACCCUCAGCUCCAAUAAGGUCUCCCAGCUUAAGUGGGGCUCACUGCUGCUCAGUGAUUACAGCCUCUGCCAUCUCCUAGUCACCUAUUUCCUAUUUUCUUGUUCCUCAGACCUCUAACACCUCCUUCCCCAGAUUCAUUCUCUGCUGGUGACCUUGACCAGUUUGCCUAUUUCACUGACAAAACACAGUCAGGAAACCCCCCCCACAAGCUGGCACCUCCACACCUACCCAUUCACCAGCAUUAUGCGCCUGUACUGGGUCUCCCCCAUCCUCUUUCUGCUUGAUCCACCCUAGCACCUAUUCAAGGUGAACCCCUCUACUUGGGCACGAAAUCCAAACCGUUUCACCAACUCAAGCACAUUACUUCAGCAGUUUCCCCCCAUUCCUCCUACACCAUCUGUUUUCCCUAUUUACUGAAUCACUCCCAUAAACAUACAAACAUGCUAUUAUUGUUCCCAUAAUAAAAGAAAACUCUCCUAACCCCACUUCCCCCUCCACCUAACUUCUCAUUCUCUGCUUCUCUUUCUAGUGAAACUCAUGGAGGGUGGUACUGUCUCCAAUUCUCUCUUAACCACUGUAAUCAGCCUUCGUCCCCACCACUGUGUAUCAAGGUCACCAAGGUCCCACAGGAUGUAUUACAGCCAAUGGUCAAACCUCCUCCUUGGCUUAUGAACUACCUCGGAAACAGACAAGCCCUCCUGUGCGCUCUCCCUUGAAAUGCUUUCUGCUCUCAGCUUCCAGAGCUUCACACCCUCAUAGUUUCUUCCUGCUUCACUGAUCCUUCCUUCUCAGUCUCCUGUACAGGCCCCUCCCGUCUUCCUGGCCGCCUACCCCUGGAGUGCCCCAGGGCUCAGUUCCUGGACCUCCUUCCUGCUCUAGCUUCACCUUCUCCAUUGGCCAUAGCAUCCAAACCAAAUUAAUAUCCCCGGCUUCGCCCCUCACCUCCAGGCUUAUCUAUCUGAAUCCCGUCUCAACAUUCUGAUUCCAGUGUGUCCAAGGCAUCUCACAUGCAACGGGCCCAAAACCUGACACCGGGCCUCCACUCCCCAAACCUGUUUAUCCGAAAUUGUCUCCAUCUAAGUAGAUGCAACUCCAUGCGGCCUGUUGCUCCGGCUGAAAACCUUGGAGCCAGCCUGGUCUCUCCUUUUCUCACGCCCCACCUCCUCUCCCUAGGCAAAUCCUAUCACCUCUACCUUCAGAUUAUAUCUAGAAUCAGACCACUUUUCAUUCCUCAGGUAAAAUAUCACUGUUAUGAAGGAAGAAAUAAAAUAUUUCAGAGAGAUUUAGAAUAUCCAUAUAGAAUAUUUCUGGCAGGGUAGACAAGAAGCAGCCGAUGACAGUAUUUCUUCUAGAGGGAAGUGCGGGGUUAGGGAACAAGAAGCAGAGGGAGACUUACUUCUCACUCAUAGCCCUCGUACCUUUUGAAGUUUUGUGCCAUGUGCAUUAAAUGCCUUCUAAAAAUAAGCAAAAUAAUUUAAGAAUGAUGAUGAUGGCCUGGCGCCCUGUCUGGCCUCCCACUGAGAGGCCAUCGAGAUGACACACUCCAGCCGCAGCUGGAAGGGCUCCAGGUCCCUGCACAACGCCCUCAGGGUGACUGGCACUGAAGCUUUCUCAGAGCCUCAGACUCUCCAUCUGCAAAGUUAAGAUGAUAAUGAGAGCUCGCCUUAGUUUAUGAAGGGGGAUCUGUUGUGAGACGGCACAUUCGAUGACGUGGAGGACAUUCCACAUACAUAAGUUUUCAUUACCCUUUAGGAAAAAGCGAAGUUUGGUGGAUAAGAAAGAAAGCCAGCACACCGAACUGUGGAACGUGAAAUGGGGCCAGAAUAGCAAUAGGAGCUGUCACUGUGUGGCAUAAUAAGUCCUUGGAACCAAGAAAAUGUGUUUCUUGGUCUUAAACAACUUUAAAUUUAACAAGUAUAAUCAAGAUUAUCAUUUGCAUUAUUACAGCUAGGCUGUUCUCUGGUCUUGUGAUGGUUAUGCAAAUUUUAGUCAUCUUCCCUUAGAUUGCUCUUUUAUUCUCACAGUAUACAGACUAGCUGAAAUCUAACGAGAUGGAAACAUUUGCAACUCACAGAUAUGCUACAAUCAAAUAAUGGCAAUUUUUCAAAGUUAUGUAAUAGACUGAUCUAAAUUUUAAAAUACUAAAGUUAUCAAUCGGGUUCUAGAUGAAACCCUGCCCUGAGAUGCAAUAAUUGAAAAAUGGAAAAUAACUGGAUUUAAUGGCUGUAGAUGAGAGGAUAGAAACAAUGUGUAAUGUGUGGAAUUAAUUUUUAAGCCACACAUUGCAUAGUCAAUGAAGUAAAAUAAAAUGACAUUUUCUGGGAAAAGACAACCAUGUUUUUCUUGAUAGGCCAGUUUCCCUAAAUAGCAUAGUAUUAAAAAAAAAAAAAACUAAACACAUAGGGCAUGCAUGCAUAUGCAUUUCAGGAUUGUUUUGGAAUCUGUUACUUUUACGUGUUAUUUUUAUACCAUUUAAUGUAAUGGAGAAAUGUUGUAUCCUACGAUGUUUAAAACACCUAUGGAAGGUUCACUGUUUGGGAAAAACGUUUUUAAAGCUUUAUUCCCUCAUUUUUUUUUCUUUUCUUCUGAUUCAUUUCCUCCUCUUUCAUCUUGGAAUUUGUAGGGGAGGUGACAGUCCCCCUCCUCCAAAUCAUAUCCUUCCAAAGAAAAGAAAAGAAAAGAAAACAAAGUUCCAAGCUUAUCUAUAUCUAAUCAAUCAGAAUACCACUUCCCGUCCCCCUGCCCCCUUCCAGUUACCCCUUGGUUUCCAAUGGAACAGGGGGAGGAAUCAGAAGGCUGUCCUGGCCUGCCGCUUCCUGCCUUUACCUGAGACCGGCAGCUCAGGCCCGUACUUCCCUGCAGCUGCAGAGUGAGCUCUCGUUCCACCCGCAGGGCGCUGGGAGAAGCACCACAGAGAAGUCCAGGAUUAUUACUUCUAAAAACUAGAAAAGAGAGCACUCUUUUAUCUUUCCCCCAUUUCUCUUUUCUCACUUCCCCUUCUCUCCCCUCGCCACCUUCCCCUCCUCCCCCGCUCUAGGGGUUUUUCCGCCCGUGAACACGCCACACGAGCCAGGGUACUGAGAGCAGAGGGUCUGACCUGGGAAAAGAAUACAAAGGAAGAACCAUAGCAGCUACACCCAGAUCACUGAGAAAUGCGAAAUGAAACAAGCUCAGAGCCAACUUCCAGGAAUAAGCUAUAUUUUGCACUUGGUGUUUUCAUAUUUGCCCAAGUCUUAAAGCUUUGGUCACUAGCCUUCCACUUCCUAAUGCAAGAAAAUAAAUGCUGACUCGUGCUGGUUGCCCCAGACGCCACCGGAAAUGGCAUCGUCUCCCCUGACGCUGCUCACACAUGUGAAUGUGCUAGCAGCACCCAGACGUGAGUGUAUCUGCCUUGUAGCCCACGCUCUGGGCUCUCUCCUCGACCUGGUGCUCUGACCCACAGCCGAGAAGGGAGUCUAUAGGAAAGAGAUGUAGAAUCAACGGAGAGGUACAUUUUUAAAUCACCAGUUACUUUAAUGACUAUCUGCAGACCCACCCACGUGCAAAGGAAGGAGCUAGGCCACUUGACCUGGGCAUCAUGGCCCACCUGCGGUCCUUGGAAGUGCAGCAGCUGCUCCACAACAAGUUUGUCGUCAUCCUGGGAGACUCUGUCCAGAGGUCUGUGUACAAGGACCUGGUGCUCCUGCUGCAAAAGGAUUGCCUGCUCACUCACAAGCAGCUCAAGGUCAAGGGGGAGCUGAGCUUCGAACAGGACAAGCUGGUGAAUGGAGGCCAGAAGGCUGCCAUGCACAAUGGCACCAACUACCGUGAAGUCCGGGAGUUCUGCACCAGCCACCAUCUGGUGCGCUUCUACUUCCUCACACGUGUGUACAACAGCUAUGUGCAGGGCAUCUUGAAAGAGCUGCAGUCCAGUGAGCACACUCCAGACGUGGUCAUCAUUAACUCCUGUCUCUGGGACAUCUCCAGGUAUGGGAAGGACUCCUUUAGCAGCUACCGGAAGAACCUGGAGAACCUGUUCAGGCACCUGGUCGAGGUGCUGCCUGAGUCAUGCCUCCUAGUGUGGAACACGGCCAUGCCCGUGGGUGAGAAGAUCACCGGGGGCUUCCUCCCGAGGAAGCAGUCGUCCUUGUCCUUGGGCCUGAAAAAAAAGGUGAUUGAAGCCAACUUCUACAGCUGUGUUGAGGCACAGAAGCACAAUUUUGAUGUGUUGGACUUGCAUUUCCACUUUCGCCAUGCAGAAGUGUACCGGCAGGGAGACGGGGUCCAUUGGGACGAACGGGCGCACCGACACCUCUCCCAGCUGCUGUUGGCCCACAUGGCUGAUGCCUGGGGCGUGGACCUGCCCUGCCGCCAAUCUGUGAGCCAGUUGAUCAGGAGUGGACCUGAACAGGGGGUUGAGAGACAAUUCCCGACCAGCAGGAAACGACAGGCCUUACUACCAUACCCAUCAUUUUCUCCCAGGCAGCACUCCCUGCUCCCUCACCCAGGUCCCUACCCACCCCUGCAUCCACCCCUGCCCCCACAGCCUCUUCCCAUUCCCUGUCACCCAACAAGAGGACCCCGCUUCUCGCAGGGUUCCCAAGAUGCCUAUUGUACCUCAGACCUGCCUUUCCAGUCAGAUCAAUUCUUUAACCAUUCCCAUUCAGAUGGCUCCUCAUCUACCCAGGCAGGAUUUGACUUUGAAGGUGGAUUUAUGUUUGAUUCCCAGCCUCCAAGGGUCCCUGAACACACACCCUAUCAUCAGCAGCGGGCCCCUGUGGUUCAUAGGGGUUUUCCCCAGAACGUACCUUAUGGCCCCUAUGCCCCCUGGAGACAGCCGCCCAAGUCUUACAGGAGACAGGCCCGAGCCCACCCUGAGCCAAGGCCUCAUUAGGCAGACUUGGGCCUUUUUCCUCUUCAGGGACAUGGACUUGACAGACCAUCUGACUCUGCCUAAUAGACUGAUCUUGUUAACAUAGCUGUUGAUCCACACUUGGACUUCCUUUGGUCCUUUGCUGUGACCAGUGAUGGCAGGGAAGAGUGGCCUGACCCGACCUUGUUGGCCGUGGCCUCUUCCUCCACACUCUGGGGCUGACCAGGCGUUAUUCCUGCCGCUCACGCACUCCCUGUUUCUCUUUGUCUUUUUGUAAACAGAAAAUGGAAAUUAAAAAGUUGUUUUACAAAAGUAGCUGUGGGUUUUGUGUGUAGCUAUAUUUAAUGGUGCUUCUCCCUUCCAUGAACCAACUAGCUUUGUGAGAGCAGGGGCAGAUAAGUAGUCAUGACGUCUACGUGAUAAACUACUCGGAGUGGUUUUGUCUAACCCAAUUCUGAAAGUUUCCAUGAAAUGGAUUGGAUAAAUUUUUUAAAACUAACUUUUUGUGAUCAUGUUUUCCAGAGAUUCCUAAAUAAAUCAUUGUAUUUUAGAGCUGGGGAACUAAAAACAUAAAAUGGAACUACCAUUUACAA